AUGUCACUUACCACACUGUCUGUCGCGCAAAAAUGCAUCUUUGAUGCCAUAGAGGGGAGCCUGGAGAGAUUGGGCACGUAUGUCGAUGUGAUACAGAUUCAUCAGCUGGGUAGAGAAUCACCACGGGAGGAGAUUAUGAAGUCGUUGAUUGGUGUGGUGGAGUCCGGGAAUGUCAGGUACGACGGUGUUCUGCUCGAUGGUUGCCUGGGGAUUUCAGGCCGAGAGGAUGAGCAUGAAAUGAUCCCGUACUGUCUCGAUAGCGGUGUUGGGAUAAUCCCCCAGUCGUCACUGGCCCGUGGCGUCCUUCCAACUCCUAGGUCCACAAAGACCUCAGUCCACGCACAUACCGAUUUCCCCAUUGGCUUUGCAGUCCUUACUCGUGACAAAGACGUGGGUGAGAAGAUUGUGGUCGUGUGGAGGAGCUGGCGCGAAAGAAGGGGAUUAGCAUGGCGCAGGUAA